CACUACUAGAUAUUCCAUUUAAUUAUCCAAAUCGACCAGUUAGCUAUUUCUCCGAUGCACGGUUGGGCGCACAAUUGAUUGCCAAAUCCACUGCUCUGAUUCGCGGUGCUGUCAGUGCCUUAGGCCAACAGCGACGUCACCAACAAUUUUCCGCCGCAUCAGACAAACUUGCAGCCGCGGCUUGUCCAUCUCUCUGUAUCCAUCCACUCCAGCCCACGACAGGCGACUUUCAUCACGGUUUGUAGGGAAAAACCCGCAAUCCACGGAACAGAGCCAUCCGCAACCCUUACAUCUUGUCGCGCUCGGUCGCAGUGCUGCCGCGUUGUUUUCCGCCAUGGCGUGCCCGAUCACCGUCACCAAGUUCGUAGGGACUGUCUCUCUCGGCCUCUUAACGGGUCUAUCAUACUCCGCCUCGACCAUCACCGUACCUUCUCUCAGCCUCCUCUCCACUUCCGCAAACGCCUCCAAGAGUCUCAAUGAAGUGAAGCGCCUAAACCGUAAACACGGUCUUCGCCUCGCCAACAUCUCCAACAUAUGCCUCCUCUUCGCAUACGGCAUCUCACCGCGGCACCGGAAACACCCAUACCUGGUCUGGAUGGUGGUCAUGUCGACCAUCGGCGCCUACGGCGUCGACUUCUGGUUCCACCGCGAGAACGGCAUCAAGGCCUGGCUCUGCAGCGUUGUACAAGAUACUGGAUACGCAUCUCUGUGCUCGGGGAAGGCGCAAAAGAAGGAAGACGACAUUGUGGUCGUUGAGUCGGAGGAGAAUGUCAACGGCGAGAUUGUGCGGAAGGAAAUGGAAACCGAACGCCGCUUGCAGUGCGUGAGGGCGCUCUUCUCCGGCCUGGCUCUUUCAAUGGGCAUUGUUGGUCUCUGGGGUGACCGCCGUCCGUAAUCUGGGGGACCCCAACUACGGUUAUACUUAACUCAAACGUGAAAGCUCCGCGUAUGCCUUGAUGAGGUUGGAGUAGAUUCAGGACGAUUCCCACUCUUUGUCGCUUUUGACUGUUCCGGGAUAAUUUGUCACUCUUCUCAGCAUAUUACGCUUAUGAACAUGUUCUAUCUGUACUUUAAUUUAGGAAAUAUAUCUAUACGGCGUUCGAAUGGUCAAACCUCAACUUCUAAUAAUUAGCCUCGGUCCAACUUCACUUAGUAACUAAU